UUAUUGAAGUUAUAUUCCUUGUAUUUUGUCAGUAUCAAUAUGUUCUUGUAAAGUUAUAUUUUUAUCGAAUUCGAUACUUCUGUGGCUUUUCUUGAUCCCUUUAACUAUUGAUAUAACACAAAACGCUAGCUAGGAUUAUAGGAUUCUCCUCACUACUGAUAUUCUGAGCUUGAAGAUGGUGGUGCUAUUUCCUUUUGGAUGGUGAAAGGAGGCGUUUUCACUCCAGGAGGCGGAGUUUUUGUAGUUUGGUUAAGGGUAGUCUAGGAAAGCAACACCCUAAUUGCUCAUUUAUGGCGGGUAUUAGAACGGUAAGAAAUGUGGUUUGCCAAACCAGGGAAGAAUCCAAAAAAAUUUUAAAACCCUAGACUGUCAUCAAACUAGUAUUUAUAACACCCAUGAGGCCCUUCGGACUAGUACUCCGGAUCAGCCUCUGCCUUUCUCUGCGUUGUGUACUUUUGUCCCUCAGACUCAGAAUAUUGAAAAAAAAUCCUUAUGAUUCUUCCUACCCGCACUUUCUUCCUACAUUCCUAAGUUGAAAAAGAAAGAGAGAGACAAGGACAGAGAGAGAGAGAGAUGAGGGGUAGAUCCUCUAAGCAAGAAACUAAAGAGGGCAUGGAAACUGGUAAACUUAGGAAGCUGAAGGAAGAGCCUCAUCUCUCUGGUGCUUAUAUACGUAGCCUUGUGAAACAGUUAACCUCUUCAAGAACCAAAGACCCCAUGAAUCCCAAAGGCCACGGCUCUGCUGAUAGUGAUGGUUUUUCUGGCAAAAAUAUGGCCGAUUAUAGCGAAGGUUUAAGUAAAAACCAAAAAAGCCAACAACCCCAAGAACCUCAACCACACAAAAAACAGGUCAGGAGGAGACUGCACACCAGUAGGCCUUACCAAGAAAGGCUUCUUAAUAUGGCCGAGGCUAGAAGAGAGAUUGUCACUGCCCUAAAGUUUCACAGGGCAGCUAUGAAACAGGCCAAUGAACAACAACAAGAACAGAAAAAUCAACAAGAACAAGAACAGCAGCAGAAGCAGCAGCAACAAUCAUCGCUGCCUGUGCAGCUUUUACCCCCUCCUUGUUUUGAACAAGAAGGAAAAAUAAAAUCUAGGAGAAAUCCAAGAAUAUACCCAUCAAACUCUACCGAUUUUUCUAAUUAUGUCGACAACUUUUCCUAUAAACCUUUCACUCCUCCUCCUCCCUGUCCUCCUCCAUAUCCCUUUUCCUGGCCUAGUUCUUCAAUUCUUGACCCAACUACCGCUGAAAAUAUCAACUUUCCCCUUCCAAACCAAACCUUAGGUCUAAACCUCAAUUUUCAUGAUUUUAACAACAUAGAUACCACUCUUUAUUACAGCAGCGACAACCCACCAUCAGUUUACUCAUCCUCAUCUCCAUCAUCUUCUUCUUUCCCUUCUCCUUUCAUCGCCACCGAGGAGAUUCCUUCAGUUUCAAAUACAUGCGAAGGAAUGCCACCUGCAGCAUUUGAUGUAACUGACUCAUAUGGUGGAGCCGGCUUACAUCAAGUGAUGGAUGAUGAGGAGAUGGCAGAGAUCAGAUCAAUAGGAGAACAACAUCAAAUGGAAUGGAAUGAUACUAUGAAUUUGGUCACAUCAGCAUGGUGGUUCAAGUUCAUGAAGACCAUGGAGCUUGAUCCUGAAGUGAAGAGUACAGAGGAUGAUGGCUGCCACCCAUUUGAACAGGUCAUGGAAUUCCCAGCCUGGUUGAAUGCAAAUGAUCAACAACAUUUCAAUGAUCACUUCUCCCAAGACUAUUUCCAUGAUGCUGCCUUGCCUUGCAUGGACAUUGGAGAAAUUGAAGGAAUUGAUGGGGAGUGGCUAGCUUGACAAGGAUUUUGAUUAUUUUUUGUUAAUCAAAUCCUUGGAUGUUUUGUUCUCUUCUUUUUUUGUCUUUCUUUUUAUCCAUCGAUCUUUUUCUUUAGUGGUCUUUGAGCAGCUUUGUGAUUUUAAUAAGGCUUGCAAUUAAAGAAGUUAAGGUUGGGCACUGCCAGGCCAUGAAGAAAAAUAAUUUACUCGAGGAGUAUGCUUUUCAACUGCUUAAUUAUAUUGAAAUAUUUAUGCA